AUGGGGCAGCCUAUGCUAAGCAUCGGUGGUGGCUCCCGGGGCAUCAUCGCCUGUUUUCUUAUAUCGAUGGGUACCAUCAGCUUUGGAUAUCCCUCGGUCAUUGUUGCAUCAACACUCGCAAAGACCCCCUUUCUGAAAUACAUGGGUCUAGGGGAUGAUAACGGAAUAUUUUCAGGCAAAGAAGGGAUGGCCGGAACCAUUACGGGCCUGUUCCAGGUUGGCGCUGUUAUAGGUAUUAUCUGUGGCUGUGAGAUCUCAGAUCGGUUUGGGCGCAGAAGUGCACUACUCUACUGCUCUAUUAUGUCAAUCAUUGGAGGAAUUGGCGUGACUGCUGCGCAGAACAUGGUCAUGCUGCUUGUGUUUCGCUUCUUCGCUGGUGCCGGUAGCUUUGCCUUCCUGGCGCUGACACCAGGAUACGUCUCUGAAUUGGCUGCACCCAACAUGCGAGGUUUCCUCGGCGGCCUUUGUGGUGUAUUUAUCGGACUUGGAUACUGCAGUGGCGGUUUCAUGGGACUCGCUUUCUACUAUGCUGAGAAUGAAGCCUUGCAAUGGCGUGGUCCUCUGGGCAUUGGAAUCCUCUGGCCUUUGAUCAUGCUGCUUGUCUGUCUAUUCGUCCCCGAGUCACCGCGGUACCUGUUGAUGAAGGGCCGAUCUGAUGAGGCAUGGGACGUCGUGUCCCGACUUCGUGGCAGUCACAGCGAUGAAGCACAAGCAUUCGCACUGGCCGAGUUCUCUCAGAUGAAGCAGCAGGCUGACUUUGACCGCACGCUGGACGGCUCAUGGAUGCAGCUGGUCAGAAAGCCGUCGUAUAGGAAGCGCCUGUUGCUGGCAUCUGGGAUUUCCUUUCUUGGCCAGAGCACAGCUGUCCUCGUGCUGAAUAACUACGGGCCAAUCUUCUAUGCGGCACUCGGCUUUGGAACCCGUAAUCAGCUUAUUCUUGCUGCUGGACGAGACGUCAUUGCCUUCCUCGGUAAUAUUGUCGGCGCUGCCGUCCUAGACAAUAUCGGCAGACGCCCCAUGCUGCUCACCGGGUUCACAGGCUGUCUCAUCACGCUCUGUAUUUUCGCGGCAGCGGUGGCCGAGUUCCAAAAGAACAAUGCCAUGGGAACUUUGGGCGUGGGGAUGACUGCGCUCUUCGUGUUCCUGCUGUUCUUUGCCUUGGGUGUCGACGCUCCAACAUAUGUCUUUAUGAGCGAGAUAUUCCCCAGCCACAUGCGAUCCAAAGGCAUGGCCGUUGCGAUUGCCAUAUAUGCGUUAUCGGCAAUAGUCUACCUCCAGGUUACUCCUCUGGCUGUUGCGAAUAUCGGAUGGAAAUACUUUCUGGUUUUCAUCAUCAUAAUGACCAUCGGAUUGGUAUGGAUGUAUUUCGAAAUAUUCGAGACAAAACUUAUUCCUCUUGAAGAGAUGGCGGAGAAGUUUGGUGAUACGGACGCGGUGGUUGUCCACCUGUCAGAUGCUAUGGCUGAGGCAGACUCGAAGAGAAACACCGUUGAACAUCGCGAGAGGGUUGAAGCAACGGAGACAGAUGAGGUUACAGCCUGA